CAUACGGUAGUGACAUUUGACUGCCACAAGCGAAAAACGACGUGUCGUAUUGUCCCCACGAUAAACCCCUUCCGAUUCUUGAUCGGAGGUUUUGCCUCUCGCCAUUUUCCCUGGGGAGAACCCACAACAAUCUGCAGCGCGCUGAAGCUGGCGGUUUCGGCGAUGAUGGGUGUCGCGUCGAAGCUGUUGGGACCACGCGCCGGCCUCGCGAGGGUGGUGAGCCUCGCUUCCGUGAGCCGUCCGCCGUCGCCACCCUCCAGGUUAUUGCACGACCGCAUCCAAGGUCAAGACUUGAACCCGGUUGCGUCUCAGAUGAUCGAUUACGCCGUCUCCCUCGCUAGGUCCCAGAAAUCAGAUGAAUCGUAUUCUCAGGGCAUGCUUGUGCUCGAGCAGUGUCUGUCCACUCAACACAGUGAGGGCCAAGUUGCUGAGAACACGAGAUCGAUAGUCUUGCUUGCCAUGUCCACCCUUUUGUAUGAGAGGGGUAAUUUGGAUGAAGCUAUUCAUAAGCUGCAGGGUGUUGCGGAUUCAAGCAAUCCUUCUUUGGGUGUCAAAGUUGCUGCAAUGGAGGCUCUUGUUGGACUGCACUUGGAAAUGGGGCAAGAUGAUACUUCAUCAGUGGUCGCAGAUAAAUGCUUAAAGCUCUUGGAAAGAGAAUCAGCACAAACAGCUGGCUCAGGAUCUUCAAUAAUUAAUGCUCGUGCGAAAGCAGCGAAAGGGUUGGUUGAGCUAGUCCGUGGAAGUUUCCGUUCUGUGGAGCCCUUCUUUCAAGGGAGUAAUGAUGACAAGUAUUCCACUGGCAGUGUUGCUUUAACAAAUGGUAAUGUGGCUCUAUCUUAUGGAGAAUUCUUGCAUUCAUCACGCAACUUUUCAUUGGCAAAGGAGGUCUACCAGAAGGUGAUUCAGGGGACUUCUGAGAAGGUCGAAUUUGCUGAAACCACUUUAGGAGCUUGUAAUAUGGCUUCUCAGGAAGUUCUGUUGGCAGCUACCUGUGCUUUGGGACAGCUUGAAUCACAUUUGGGAAAUUUCAGUGAUGCUGAGGAGAUAUUGACAAAGGCUUUAACUAAAACAGAGGAACACUUUGGAUCACAUCACCCCAAGGUUGGCAUCAUCUUAACUUGCAUAGCGCUCAUGUUUCGAUGGAAAGCAAUUCAAGAGCAUUCAAGUUUUCUUUUGGUUCAAGAGGGACUUCUUAGAAAGGCCACGGAAUUGCUUAAAGCUCCUGCAUUGGAGAGUGCAGGAAUGGAAGCAAAGGUUGAUAGAAGAGAUGUUGUUGCCCUUGCGAGGGGUGCGCAUGCAGAGAUCCUCUGCGUUCAGGAGAAUAGAAAGGGUGAGGGAGAGAGACUGAAGAGCUGGGCAGAGUCUGCAUGGAGGAAUCGUCGCAUGUCACUAUCCGAGGCGCUUGAUUGUUCCGAGUCCUCUUCCCAAGUGCCAAUUGUAGAUUCUCGGAUCUGCCAGGUUCUGUAAGCUGUGUUUUUUUGUUACUUGGUGUAAGUUCGAGCAGCUGUAGUAUUAACAGAGAAUGUAUCAGCGGAUCACGAGGCAUCUAAGCCCAGGAAAAAUGAUUUUCAACUUAUGAGCCCCAUGCAACUUUUUCAAAUAGAGUGAAGUGUGAUAUGAAUAAGUUUGUCAAACUGCAUUGGGUUCGGAAAAUUAUUGAUACAGUU